AUGAGCUGUCGCCUUCCGGGGGACAGCACGAGCGCCGAAAAGCUGUGGCAGAUUCUGCGUGAUCGGAAGAGCUGCCUGUCCAAGAUACCCGCAAGUCGUUUCAAUGUCGACGCCUUUCAGCACCCGUCUCAAAGACCCGGCACUAUCCGCCCGAGCGAGGCCCAUUUUAUGGACAGAAAUGUCGGCGAAUUCGAUGCCCAGUUCUUCAGCAUAUCCCCGUCCGAAGCAUCAGCAAUGGAUCCGCAGCAGCGGCUACUCCUCGAGGUAAUCUACGAGGGUCUGGAGAACGCCGGCCUGCGGAUGGAGGACCUAGCAGGCACCAACACGAGCUGCCAUGUCGGGUCGUUCAGCCAGGAUUACAACGAAAUCCUGGUCAAAGACCCAGAGGUUGGACCCAAGUAUAGCGCCACUGGAAAGGGCUUCUCCAUGCUCGCGAACCGCGUCUCAUGGUUCUACGACUGGCGCGGGCCCAGCUUCACGCUAGACACUGCCUGCUCGUCGGGGCUCGUGGCGCUCCAUCAGGCCUGCGAGGCGAUCCGAUGCGGCGAUGCCAGCGUGGCUGUUGCUGCAGGCAUCAACAUCAUGCUCGGACCUGAGCUUUUCAUUUUCAUGUCGAGCAUGAACUUCUUAUCCGCGGACGGCAAGUCUAAGUCCUUUGACGCCUCGGGCGACGGGUACGGUCGUGGGGAGGGUGUAGUGUCGGUGAUCCUCAAGCCCCUUGACGAUGCGGUAAGGGACGGUGACUGCAUCCGGGCCGUCAUCCGGGCUACUGCUAUCAACCAGGACGGUCACACCUCGGGCAUCACUCUGCCCAGCGCGCAGGCUCAAGCUGCGCUCAUCACAAAGGUUUACAAGAAGGCUGGGCUGGACUUUGAUAGCACCCAGUUCCUGGAAGCUCAUGGAACGGGGACUGUCGCUGGUGAUACUACCGAGAGCAAGGCUGUUGCCAGCACUUUGGCGCGGAAUCGCGACCCAAGCAACCCGCUCUACAUAGGAUCAAUCAAGUCAAACAUCGGACAUACUGAAGGCGCUGCCGGCCUUGCCGGUCUGGUGAAGGCGGUGCUGAUGCUCGAGAAGGGAGUCAUCGCUCCCCAGGUGCACCUGCACCAGCUGAACCCCAAGAUCCCCUUUGCGGCGUCCAACAUCCGCGUGCCGUCCGAGCUCAUUCCCUGGCCGGACAACGGCAUGGGCCUCCGCAGGGCCAGCAUCAACUCGUUCGGGUACGGCGGGACCAACGCGCACGCCGUCGUCGACGACGCGGCGAGCUACCUCCGCCUGCGCGGGCUGCGAGCCGUGCACAACACUGCCAGCCCCGCGACGAGUCCUCGCACGUCAGACUCGGGCGUUGGCUCCGAGGAGAGCGAUGACGGCCUGGACAGUGCUGGGCCGCUUGACCAGCGGAGUCGCCAGCGGCUCUUUGUCCUUUCCGCGCACGAGGAGUCGGUGCUGCUCGCCAUGAAGCGGCGACUGGUCGACCAUCUCGAAUCGGAGAAGCAGAAGGAGCUGUCGCGGUGGAACGAGCAGUUCCACCUGGACCGGCUCGCUUCGACACUGUCCUCCCGCCGGUCUCGCCUUGCGUGGAAGUCGGUCAUCACCGCGAGCGACGUGCCCAGCUUGAUUGACGGCCUGUCCUCCCUCCUCCCGCGGGCGGUCCGGUCCACCGCAAGCACGGCCGGCCCGCGGAUCGGCUUCGUCUUCACCGGCCAGGGCGCGCAGUGGGCCGGCAUGGGCCGAGAACUCGGCGAGUACCCCGUGUUCAGCAGGUCGCUGGCCCUGGCCGACGAGCACUUCCGCUCGCUCGGCUGCACGUGGUCCGUCCUGGAGGAGCUCAACCGCCCGGCAGAUACCUCGCAGCUCGGGCUGGCCAAGUUCUCCCAACCGCUCUGCACCGCGCUGCAGAUUGCCCUCGUCGACCUCCUGCGCUCGUGGGGCAUCCAGCCCGCCGCGGUGGUCGGGCACUCGAGCGGCGAGAUUGCGGCCGCGUUCUGCGCCGGGGCACUCACCCGCGAGGCUGCGUACACGGUGGCAUACUGGCGAGGACACCUGUGCUCGGCGCUCGCCACCGAGGGCACAUUCAACGGGGCCAUGCUGGCCGCGGGGGCCUCGCCGGAGACGGUGGCGCCGUACAUUGCAAAAGUGACGAGCGGGACGGUGCAGGUUGCCUGCAUCAACUCGCCCGAGUCGGUGACGCUGUCUGGCGACGACGCCGCCGUGGACGAGGUCGAGGCCUUGCUCAAGACGGCCGGCCUGUUUGCGAGGAAGCUGCGCGUCGAGAACGCAUAUCACUCCUUCCACAUGGCCAGGAUUGCCGGGGACUAUCUGGCCAGCAUAUCCGAGGCUGCUGCGGGAGCAGCACCGGCAUCGACCGCACCGGCAAAGGCCACGGCUGCUGCUGCCAUGGCGUCGAGCGUCACGGGAGAGGCCCUCGACCUGGCCAACACCAGGAUCCAGCCUGCGUACUGGGUCGACAACCUGACAUCCCCCGUCCAGUUCUCCAAGGCUCUCGCCGUCCUCCUGAGCGGAUCUGCCCCGGGGCUCCGCCAGCAGAGAAGAGCCGGCCAGGCAGCACUCGACAUUCUGGUUGAAGUCGGGCCCCACGCGGCUCUGCAAGGCCCGAUCAAGCAGAUACUCAAGGCCGGUGGCUACAAGGACGUCAUGUACACUUCGUGUCUUGCGCGCGGCAAGCCCGCCGACAAGACAACCCUCGACUCCGUCGGCACGCUCGUCGCCGCCGGACUAGAAGGGGGCAGUGGCGGCGGCAGCAUCGUCGAUCUAGUCAACAGGUCCCCCAAGGGCGCACCUCACGGCAGACUGGGCCCAAUGCCGGACCUGCCGACGUACCCGUGGAACCACGACAAGGCGUACUGGGCCGAGAGCAGACAGAGCCGGGCCUUGCGCUUCCGCAAGAAGAACCGCGUCGACCUGCUCGGGGCGCCCGUGACCGACGCGGUGGCCGGGGACCCGGCCUGGCGGCAGAUUGUGCGUGUCGCCGACAUGCCGUGGGUGCGCGACCACACGAUCCAGUCGGUCAUCCUGUACCCGGUCGCCGGCAUGGUGUGCAUGGCCAUCGAGGCGGCAAGGCAGAUGGCGGGCAGCAGCGAGGUCGAGGCCGUCGAGGUGCGCGACGUGCGUGUCGAGCGGCCCAUCAUUGUGCCCGACGACGACGGCGGCGUCGAGACGAGGAUCCAGCUUCUGACGCCAAAGACGAACAGCCUGGCCCAGGACUGGCACGAGUUCCGCAUCUCGAGCGCACCCGUGGCCAACGGCACCGCGGUCGAGCUGGACACAAACUGCUUCGGCUUCGUGCGGGUCACGUACAAGACUCAGGCACCCCAGGUCGUCGUCGUCGGCUCGUCCGGCCCGGAGACGGAGACAGAGACGGAGUUCGCCAGGACGCUGGCCGCCCGACGACAAGAAUGCACGAUCCCCGCUGCCGUGGACAAGUUCUACGCCACCGGCCGCGACAUGGGCUUCUUCUACGGCCCCAGCUUCCAGUGUGUCACCGAGAUCAGCCAGGGCAGCAGCGACGACGAAGAAAUCGGCAGCGGCGGCCAUGGCAGCAGAGGAGAUCAGCGCAAGUCUGCCUGCGCCACGAUACGCAUUGGGGACAGGAGCGGCAUGAUGCCCCAUGGCGGAUACGAGGAUGCGCAUCUCGUCCACCCUUCGACGCUCGACUGUCUCCUACAACUCCAUUAUGCCGUCGACAAGGACUGGCAUGGGAACAGCACGGGUGCUGCCGUGCCCGUGUUCAUCGAGAGCGUCAGAGUGGCGGCCGACUGUCCCAGCGCUGCCGGCGAGGAGCUCGCUGGCUAUGCCGACGUUGGCGCGCAGUCUUCAGACAUGGCUGUCGGCAGGGCAGGGUCGGCGAGUCCCGCGAUCCAGGUCAAGGGUGUCAAGUGCCGAGUCAUUGGAUCCGAGUUGCUCGACGAGGCGGGCGCCAGUUCGGGCAGCGGUGCAGCGGCCAAGGAACGCUAUGGUAGCGCUCCUUUGCUGGAGCUUUCUUCUCAGCAGGCUCUGCAAAGAUACUGGCAAAAGAAUGGCGCUCGUGGGCAGCCGCUGGCCCUAAACGAGAUAUUGGGCGAGGACAGCAAGGACCAAGAAACCGCCUUGGGCGUAAGCGUCAACGUUGAGGCACGCCUUGACAGCAAGUCUGGCAGUGAACAUGACGCUAUCAUCCUCGAUUCCUCCCAUGCGACCGCAUUCGAGGCUGAAACUCUGGCACAACUACUAUCAAUGCUGAAGCCCACAGGAUACCUACUGCUCUUAGAUCGCUCCGAAAAGCAAGUCCAAGCUCGAAUUGCAUUAGAAGAGGUCCUCGGUGGAAACGGGCUCGAGAAGUCUUUCGAAAUGUCUGGAAAUGCGGCAUUCGGCGGGCUUGGCCUAGUUCAGGUGUAUGCCAAGAAGCAGCAGCCUAUUGCAGACAACAAUGUCGAUGCACAGAAGCCGAUUCUCAUCCUCUUGCCGGAAAAUUGGGGAUCGGGCUCGCCAGACCUCCUGAAGGACAGCCUUUGCAUAUCGCUAAUAGAGGCAGAUGACGCUUUGGCCCUGGACUCAAGCCAGAAACAGUUUGAGCUCUUGAGACACACCCUUCUGCACACUCGCCGCUUAAUCUGGGUAUCAAGGACAUGGUCACCGCAUUUCUCCGCCACAAAGGGCAUGAUGCGAAGUGUCCGUAACGAGAACCCACAGCUCGACAUGAAGACGCUCGAGUUUGAUGCCUCGUCCCUCAAGGAUCCAGCGACGGCCGCUCGGAUCAUCGCCAUGACGUUGACAGCAAGCAAUGUCGAGGAUCGCGAGCUCAGUGUCCACGACAGCGCCGUGUUUGUCGAGCGAUAUAUCACCAGUCCCGCACUCAAUCGCUAUACGGCGACCCAUCAAGACAAGUCCGCGCGAGAGACGGCCGUGCUCGGCCAAAUCCAGGCAGGGCUGCAGCUGGAUAUUGGAAACACGGGGCUGCUCGAUACCUUGUACUUCAGGCUUGACAAGACGGGCCAGAGAGAGCUGGCGGCCGACGAGAUUGAGAUGGAAUCCCGCGCUUUUGGUGUCAAUUUCCGAGACGUCAUGACUCUUCUGGGUCAACUCGCCGACGUCCACCUAGGCCGUGAAGCCAGCGGAGUGGUCCUGCGUGUCGGCAGCGGCGUGACGAGGUUCAGGCCCGGCGACGCCGUCUUCCAGGCCUCCGCGGGAUCGUUCAAGACCAUACUCCGCACCAAGGAGGCCUUGUGUCAGCCUGUGCCGUCGGGGAUGAGCUUCGCCGAGGCUGCCUCGAUCCCCAUCGUCUUCACCACGGCUCUUGGUGCGCUUCGGGACGUGGCUAAUAUCCAGCCUGGCGAGACGAUCCUCAUCAACGCCGCCGCUGGCGGUGUUGGUCAGGCGGCGAUUCAGCUGGCUCAGCACUACGGCGCCACCAUCCUGGCCAGUGUUGGGUCUGCAGAGAAGGCACGACUCCUGACUGAGACGUAUGGCAUCCCGGCCGACCACAUCUUCAGCAGCCGCGACGGGGCCUCGCUGGUCGCCGGCGUCCGGCGGGUGACGGGAGGCAAGGGGGUCGACGUCGUCAUCAACUCGCUGGCCGGGGAGCUCCUGCGGCAGACGUGGCACUGCAUCGCGCCGUUUGGGCGGUUCGUCGAGCUCGGCAUCAAGGACAUCAACGCGCACGCAGGGCUCGACAUGAGCCCCUUUGCCCGCAGCGCGUCCUUUGCGUUCUUCAACCUCGAUCUCAUGCUCACUCGCUUCCACGACCGCUUCAACGUCCUCCUGCGCGACCUCCUGGAGCAAGGCGUCCUGCGGCCUGUGACCACCAUCAACGAGUACCCCCUGACACGCAUCGAGGCGGCCCUGCGCUUCAUGCAGGCCGGCAAGCACGUCGGCAAGAUCGUCAUCAAUCUCGACCCGGCGGACACUGUCUCGGUGCACCCUACCGCGCGCUCGGUGCUGCGGCUCCGGCCCGACGUGACGUAUCUCGUUGUCGGCGGGCUGCGGGGGCUCGGGCGGAGUCUGGCGCUGCACAUGGCGAGUUGCGGAGCGCGGCAUCUCGCUCUGGUCUCGAGGUCAGGGCCAUCUGAUCCCAAUGCUGCUGCACUGCUUCGCCGCCGCGUGUAUAGCUGCGAUGUCGCCGACGCAGAGGCCCUGCGCCAGGUGCUGGAGACGUGCCGGAGCACUCAGCCACGGAUCGCGGGUGCCAUGGUGUUGCGCGACGGCAUCUUCGAAACCAUGCCCUUUGACGAUGUAGUGACAUCAGUCCGCCCCAAAGUCCAGGGCUCAUGGAACCUGCACGAACAGCUUCCCCCCAACCUCGACUUCUUCAUCCUGCUCUCCUCCAUCUCGGGCGUGUCGGGCAACCCCGGCCAGGCAAACUACGCCGCGGGAAACACCUUCAUGGACAGCCUCGCCUCGUUCCGCCGCGGGCGCGGCCAGGCCGGGCUCAGCCUCGACCUGGGCCUGAUGCUCGACGUCGGCGUCGUGGCCGAGAGCCGCGAGGGCGACAGCAACCUGGACAAGUGGGCGUCGUCGGGGCUCCGCGAGCGCGAGUUCCUGUUGCUCAUGAACGCCGCUAUGCGUGGCGAGAUACUCGACAGCGCUGCCGCCGGCACUGACGGCGUCAACAAUAAUGAUAACAACAACAUUGCACCAGAACACUACACUCUGCCGUCCCAAAUCAUCACCGGGCUCCCGACCGGCGGCGCCGUCCGAGCAAUGAAGAACCCCGCGGAACCGCCGGCCUUCUCGGACCCGCGCUUCCGCCAGCUCGCCGGUGCAGAACUAGACCUCGGCGCCGACGGAGCCGACAAAGCCUCCACCGCCGGCGGUGGUCCUGGCAGCGGUGACUCUCUCAGAACGGCAUUGGAGGCUGCAGCAGCUGGGGAGUCAUCUCUGUCCAAGGCCGCCGACGCCGUCACCGAGGCCAUCCGGAACAGGCUGGCGCGCAUGAUGGACACGUCGGCGGCCAACAUCGAGGCCGGCAAGGCGCUGCACGCGUACGGCGUCGACUCGCUCACGGCCGUCGAGAUCCGCAACUGGCUGGUCAAGGAGGCCAGGUGUGACAUCAGCCUGUUCAGCAUCCUCGGCAGCCCGAGCAUCGCGGACCUGGCGAUAAAGGUCGCCGAGAGCAGUAAGUGGCUGGCCGGCGGCGGCGGCGGCGCGCCGGCUUCUGCCAAGUGACCCAGCCGGUUGGUGAGUGAUUGAUGGCUUGUGUGCGAGAAAGAAAAGAGGUCACCCAAGGGGGUGAUUGGUCUAGGUUUAUGGGCCACCGAAAAGGACCCUCUUACAUGGCUAGAAAUGUAC